GAAUUUUCCAGACUGAAGAGAGAAUUGGAACGCCGAGGAGGUGGAGGAAAGAAAGUUAAAAGGAGAAGAAGAGGAAAGAAUGGUUAGAAGCCAAGUUAUAUGAUUAUUAUUGUAUUUUUGUAUUUUACCAAAUAUACAAGAAGCCUAACUGCGGGUACAAAACACGACGCUAAAUUCAGUGUUUCCAGUUUUGUUUUUCACAAGACGAAUUUCGCUCGCUAGGUCUUGACUUCGUAAGCACAGCAGUAAACGUAUCUCGUUCAAGCUCAAAGUUUCCUCAAUUAUUUUUCGUUUUUUAUUGGGACAAACCGAUGCUCGUUUCUACAACCUUCUUCCAUUUUCACAUGCUCACAUACCCACUUACAAUCCUCUAUUUAUCCAACGUUAAAAAGUUAACAAGGAAAACCCUUCGAUCUUCCUAGAUACGUCGCUAAGGGCCUCUGCUCGCUGGGUAAUGUUGAUAGAAAAAAGACAAUCAUUUUGCAAGCUUACGUUGUGCCGCCUGCGAAUGUAUUUCAACUUUUGAAGCUUGUUCAUUCCAUAAAAACGUGUCUGUUUCCAGGCUCAGUCGAAGAAGAAGAAAUCGAGGAAGAGGGUGAAGAGGGAGUUGAGAGUACAGAUGACAAAAUCAAAGCUGAACGGGCUAAACUUGAAGAGGACAAAAAAGCCUUGCAGGAUAAUCAUUCCAUGAUGGCUGAGGUUCGUAACCGCUUUAAACUCACUGACUUUCUUUAUGUCUUUAAUGGCUGAGACCCUAACACCUGAAAGCUCAACUACUAUAAAGAUCCAAACGAACAACUAUUAUGAUCCAAAAUAUUACAAAACUUUGAAUGAAGUUGGUGUGAACUGCAGAAAUACAAAUCUGAAUUCAGUAUGACCUUCGCGGUUUUGAUUGCGUUAGCAAUUCAAACAAGUGCAAAUAAAACAUGAAAAAAAGACACUUUGUUGAGAUCACCGCUUGAUACAUUGAGGAAGAGUAAAUGUUUCAGAAAAAAAAAAAAACAGAAAAACAUUGAAAUAUAAACAACAAUUAAACGAUUACCAAUGAUUUGACACAAAAGGAUUCACCUUCAUUGUCUAUCGAACAGAUUUCUGUCGCUAGACAUCCAGCGUUUUGUAUCAUCAAAUGUGAAGUUCUUUAUUUUAUUGCCGAAGUCAAACGGAAAGCAGACCACGUGAUCACGCGCCUUUAGUACCGUUUUAUCACGUAAUGUCGUUAUAGAAAUGCUUUGAUCUAUGUAAGGAUCAUUAUUGGCCCUAUCAGAAUCACGAUGGAGAUCAUGCUGUUGGUAUAUGAAAAAUAUUUCAAUUGUCAUUGUCAUCAAACUUAUGAUAAGUACUACUUUUCUGUGUUCAGGAGAAGGAAAAGUUCCUGGGUGAAAUACAAAAGCGAGAGCAGCAGUUGAAAAAACAGCAAGAACAACAAUCAGCUUUAACAGCAAAAAUCAAGGUCAGUUAACAUCCAUGUUAGUUAAUUGACCCAGUUACUGUUGCAGUGUCACUGUCUCUCAUUGUUUGAGUGAAUUACAAGUCGUGCAGCAUUCAUUACCAGAUAUGAAACCCCGACCCGGAUCCAGUCUACAAUCGGUUCCAUGCGGCGCAGACUAGGUUGUUUACUGCCUCCCUGUUUUCUCAAUGCAACGACGACGGCAGGUUAAACAUCGCUGAAGUCGCGCUUUUCCACCCUUCGUUCAAUUUUUCCUUCUUGCUCAACCCUUGAAGCACUAAAAUGCACAUACAAAUUCUCCAGGAAGAACUAGAUGAGAGAAUUUGAUAAAUGAUCAAAACAUUUCCUCUUUAAUGAUCCUUUCAAUAAUUCUCAGAAGCUUUUCUCUUGACGGUGUAUUGCUAUCAUUAGGAGAAAGUUGAUGUUGCAUUUUUUUGGAACUUGAAGUGUUAAAUUGCCAACAUUGAAACCAAUGUUCUAUGCUGCCUUCUGCUUCUGAUAGUGAAUUGCAGCUUACUGUGUUCUGGCAUUCGCAGAAGGCAAGUUUGGGUUUUAAAGUGACAGUGGCCCUUCGACUUUUCUUUUGUUGGGCAUUUGCUGAGCUUCAUUUCUGUGGGAAAUGUUUCCAGGAAACUGCCGAGGUUGGUGAAGUUAUUUGCAAGGAAAAACGGCAGUGGUCGACUCCCUUAAAUUUUGGUCUUGUUGUUUGUUUGCUUGUUUGUUUUCCUUUUUUCUCCUGUCUUCUGUUUGACUAAAUUGUUUAUUGUUUAUUGUUUAUUGUUUGUUUGCCAAAAAUUGUACAAAUGAAAAAAUAAAUCUAAUUACUUAAACUCUCAUGGCGAGGAAGCCCAAGAGAAUCCACCGGGCUUAUAAGGAAUGGGCUCCCUCAGUUAAAUAAUUAGAACAAAAUAUCAUCAUAAUUACACAUGGGGAAAUCAAUGGCAGAGCUACAGUAAAUCUUAAUAAAUAGGUAUAUUAGAUAGUCGUACUAAUCAUAGUUCUAGGCUAAAAAAAGCGAAAUGACAAAAAGAAAACAAAAACAAAAACGAAAGAAAAUAAAAGAGCAAAGGAAGAAAAAAAAAUACAUACAUAUAUAUAUAUAUAUAAAUUACUAUUUAUGAUAAGAGGAAUGCUUUCAGUUUACAGCAAAAGGAAGCGGUACUUGUUCCCAUUUGAGUGUGUUUAGAAUGAUCUCUUACCCCCUGCAUAUGUUAGGUGUCACAAGUGGUACAACGGACGGGGAUCCGCACGGGCGGCUCAAGUGUGAACGGGUUAAGUACACAAUCAUCUAACUUUAUUAGUUUCCUUUCACAGAUGAUGGAAAGCAAAUUAUUGGUUGGAGGAAAAAGUAUUGUAGACACAACCACUGAACAGGAACGAGCUCUUGAAGAACGGAGACGACAAAUCGCUGAACAGCAUGUAAGUUAUUGUUUCAGUUGACCAUUUUCGCGAUGAAUUCAUUUUACUUAACAUCCUUUGAGGUUUUGCUUUCUCCAGCUAAUGAGGACCUGUAUUAUUUCAACCCCGCUGAUAAUAACGCCAUCGUUAUAGGGCCCCUGAAUUUCAGGAGUGACUCCUUGGUAUCGAUUUUUGUGAUAUGUAGUGAUUGCGGAUGAACUACACUGAUGUGGACUCUCUUCACGAUCAGGCAUAACAUGAGACCUGUAAGGGUCAGGUACCCGCAUCCUUCUUUGCUCUAGUGGGAUCAAUUUAGCGGUAUAAAAAGACACGGAACGUUUAUUUUCAAACAUACAGAACAACUUCAUUUUAUGGAAAUGAAUACGAAGUGCGUUCUUGUUAUCUAAACUUAGCCUCCUACUCAGUCUUCCUCAGAACGCAAUUCUUAUAAUCUUGAGGCCUGAAAAGUGCAGAACCUAGGCUUCAUAUUUUGUUUGAAAUAACGGAAGUAGAGAAUAGAACAAUUCUAGGGGCAAACUCAAAAUAAUUGUUACUCCUACAACAAUUGUUUAUUUUGUUUCGGUUUGCCUUAUGGUUAUUCCCAUCAGUGGAAAGUCUAAAAAGCUUUGUAAUUCCACAACUUGCAGCUAGUUUGGCUCUGUUGAAUACAUUGCGACUUACGAUUUUGUUCUUUCGCUUAUGUUGAAUAGAUACUUUUUUCCCUUCUUUUUAGCGACGUGAAAGAGAGAUGCAGCAAAAACUCGAAGAAAAAGACGAAAGUACAGUAGAGAUAAAAGAAACGUUCACAUCUCUACAGCAAGAGGUGGAUAGUAAAACUAAGAAACUGAAAAAGGUAAGGUUGUUUGUUUUGGCGAAUCUUUGUUUACAUUUUUUUGCCUCAUUAACAUAAUGCUCAUCAUUAUUUGACGAUGCUAAUAAAAUAAAACCUUCGAAUAUUGAAAGAGCAUAACAAUUUCAGUUAUCGCUGAAAAUUUGAGCCUGAUGCACCAAAUGGUUUCGCAGAAAUUCUCUUUUAAAUACUCCAAAUUUUACAAAGUAUGUAUGGCUCAUUAACAUUUUUGCCACCCAUCAAUCUCGCAGUUUUCGAUGGCUGAUUUAGUGAUAUUUCCUUCAACAUUGCUUGCAAAGAACUGAAAAGUGCACAACUUACUCAAGUUAAUCAGCUCAUUCAACUUUUAAAUUUAGAUCGUAUAUACGACCACGGCUUCUAUGAGUUAAGUCGUAUGCUAAUGAGGAAAAAUGUAAACAGUGACGUCAGCAAAGAUUUGCCUAUUGAAAAAUAUCUCGAUGACUUUGUCAUAAGACUGGACUGUUUUGAUCCCACCCUUAAUAUCCACUGUGUGAGGAAUCCAUUUUUUCCUGUAGCUGUUUGGAAAAUUGCAAACUAUUCGGGCGGAGAUUGCUGACCAGCAAGAAGCGCAUAUUCGGGAACGACAGGAGUUAGAGCAAGCACAAGAGGAUCUCACGCGGGAACUGAAACUAAAGUAAGUCGGGAAAAUGUGUGAUACUGAGAAAUGAUGUUUAUUGUCAUUAAGUUACACAGACGAACCAGGAAAAAGAAAUUCGAGUUCUCUCAACAAAAGUGGACUCAACCACGGAGCUGCAUGAGGCACGUUGGAGCUAGCAUUAACUUAUCAUUGAACAAAGGAGACUGACUUAGAGGAACCGCUUUGGUAAAUGAAAACAGGAUCAUUUUAACAUGGAUUUGCGAUUAUCAAUUUUCAAGCUGGCACAGAAUAUCAACUAUCCAGCCUCGGCUAAGAAAACUUACCCAAGGCUUUGAUUAUUCCGAAUAUGACAAAAGCCUUAAUGAUUUAAAGUUAGAAAUAUAAUAACGGCAAAUGCACUAUCGCACGGAACACAGUUGAAUGUUUAUCUCCAAAGAAAGAAUAGAAAUUGCUCUUGGACUGAAUCAAUUAUCCUGCACUCAAGCUUUCUCUUUUGAGUGGCGAGGGGAGCAAUUUGCGAGAGAGCGCUCAAGUGAGUGGCGCUCCGCUCGCGUCUUCUACCACGUGCCGCUCGCGGAUAGCUCACAAUCACACAUUGUGCGCAACCUAUAGAUUGAUCACUUUAAUACCUGUUAGCAUACUAGUGUCUAAGAACUUGUAGAGAGCUCUAGUUUCCAGAAUUAACUGUAGGCUCUUAGCCAAUAAGAAGGCAGAUGGUGAGUACAAUGUAUAACAACAAAUGCGCUGGAUUUUCUUUUUCUUUUUCUUAGGACGCUAAUAAUAGAAAACUUUAUUCCACCUGACGAAAAAGUGAAACUAACAAACAGAGCGACUUUCGAUGAAGAAAACGAAGAAUGGAAAUUGAAACCUUCCUCUCAAAAUUCCAGGUAAGUUUUUUUCUGAUGUGUAUAGGCUGUUACUAGUACGACUGGAACGGCGGUGAAAACGUCACUUAAAUGUGAAUUUGCGCUGUUUCAAACUUCAUCGCUCAUUCCAUUUCAUUCAAUUUGUCAAAUGUUGGCGAAUUUUUCUGGAGUUGAAUACAAAAGGACUGUUUCUAAGUUUAGAAAAAAAAAACAAAACGUUCACUUCGCAUACGUGCAACGACGGCUGAGAAAUGUAAAAAGAAAGCGUGAUGCACGUGGAAAGUUGUUUUGCUAAUCCCGACUUAAAUUUUUUUCUUCUUACCGUUCUCAUUGACAUCACAUUUAUGGUACGAGGUCACAAACAAAGUUCAUCGUUAAGCACAGUAACUGAGUUAGUGACUCACUAACUCAGUUACUGUGCUUAACGAUGAACUUUGUUUGUGACCUCGUACCAUAAAUGUGAUGUCAUCUGUUUGUCGAGGAGCAGGAUUUGGCAAAAGCGGUUGGAAAAGGGAUGCCGGCGAAAGUAUGGGGAUGUAUAGUCAAAAUAUGAGUAAAAUUUUAAAAUUAUUUCAAUAAUGUUGUGGUAAUGUAAAAGGCCACAGGUUAUAGGGAAUUUGGGUUCCGCCUGUUUCACCAUCAUCAUUUCAACCACUUAUCAUCUUAAGUUCCAUGUAAUAGUUAUUAUUAUGGCCAUUUAAUCUAUUUUCAUUUUUUGGAAUCACACGUUCAUGCAAAUACAGCGUGUUGUUACAAUGUAACUACUUGGUGAGUGUGUUAGUUGAGUACACUUGGCGGCCUUUUCUCGGACAACACCCCACUGAAAUCUUAUGUUACAUUACACAGUCAGCAAGCUAUGGCCAAACGACCCGUGUCAGCCGUCGGCAACAGACGACCUAUCACCGAGUACGCCAGGAUGGCCGCUGCUAUGGGAGGUCACAUGAGAUACAAGGUAUAACAGCUUUCAGUGGAAUUCGUUAACUUUGUUGUAGAUGUCCCUUCUAUAAUUUUCGGAUCUUUCACUCGGUGCAGCUCUACUCUUGUCGUCAUUUACAGCUUUUACACGUGUAAUUUACAAGUGUAGCUAUUGUUUUUAGACUCUAAAACAAUGCUACAAUUGUAAAUUACAUUUGUUAAAGUUUUAUUAAAUUGACCCCAGGGCCGCGCAGGUCAGCUAUGAAAAGGGAGUUCAAGCAGCGACGUUUUAGAGCGACGCACGUCAACCGGAAGUGAGCCUUUCUCUCUUUUAAUAAGCCUUGACGCUAUCAAAUUUGUAUUAAAAACGUCACUGCUUAAACUCCUUAUUGGCCAAUUUUUUUCCUUGUCCCCAGUAGCAGUCGCACCGCAAAAUCCGAUUUGUUUGACUACAAAGGCCCGUAUCUCGUCCGCAAAGACAUCUUUCGACUAAUCAUGAUAUUUUUCUCCUGUAAAGGCUGAGAAUAUUAUCAUGAUAGAGUUGGAUAUGCCGAACAGGACGACCAGGGAUUAUGAAGGGCCUGCUGUGGCACCGAAAGUCCAGGCUGCUCUUGAUGCCGCUCUGCAGGACGAAGAGGAUCUCACACUGGAUGCUGAGUGAGUGUUUACACAGUGUCAAGUAAUAUGCUGCAUGAUCUUUCGCCCCCGUUCGCAUUCACAACACAUGCUUAAAUACACCAGCUUUAGCAAGAAUGAAAAUCAGUUAGGAAAGCGUUAAGCUAGACUUCCACUAGUUCAAGCUUAUUUCCUUGCCAAAGCCAUACGUAGUUGUGGAAAAAUUAGGAAUAUGAGAAUUUCAUUUCAGUCGUGCUAUAGUCGAACUUCACCGCCCUUUAAGACACCUCCAGAAUACGAACACCUCUUCAAAUCAGACACAGACAGUACUCUCGUUCUCCAAGAUGUCAAACUACACACUGUCCUAAUCCUGUAUUACAGACAACUUUGUAGCGCCGACACUCCGUAAUGUGUCCUUUCUGAGGAGGUAUCACUAAACUUGUUAACCAAUACCGCAUGUCUAUCUUUUUUAGUAAAUGCCACCUCCACGCUGUUAAAAUUGUAUUACACGUCCCUCUCUAAUAAACGUCCCGUCUAAUAAACGCCCCCUAUGAGAAUUACUCAAAACUAAUUGGGAUUAGCAAAAAAGAAGCAUAAUCAUUCAAUUCUUUCAGUUUCUUGCUUGAUUAACAAGGCUCUGGCGGCGUAUUUUAUCUUGCUCAAUGUUAAUUUCAAAGUAAGGAUAGAAUAACGAUUGCCACACAAUAACCCUGAGCCGCGAGGAUUUUGACAUCGAUAUUAAGUUGUGAUCUGAAAGAGCGAUAUGGAUCCCUAGAAGGCCUAAACGUAUCGACUGAUGGAGUGGAUGUUCCGCUGUUUUUAAACUCUCUUGAAAUUUUUGCCGAAAGCAUAUUAGUUUUGUUGAGGUUGUUCGAGUAAUGAGAAUAGACGCCCCGGGCGUUUAUUAGGCCAUUUACUGUACAGAGUGUAGGCAGAGUAUCAUAGAGUUUUGGAAUUAUUUUCUUAGGGUUUUUCUGGUCUCCUAAGUUUUUCUCGAAGGUAUGGUAAUUCCUUUUUACGUACUUUCCUUUUUCAGUGUUCUUCUCAGUAAAACGAAAGUGAAAUCAAAGAGACGAGAUAGACCUGACCGAACAUCUGAGCGUCCGAAAACGGGGUAAGCAUAGAAAUGUCACGUCAAGGGCAGUGAAAAGCCAAUCAAUAUUAUCCGUUUGAUGAGUAGGUAUAAAGAUCGCUUAUUUACCAGUGCUUGGUUUUCACACGUUUCUUGACUUUCAUGAUAAAAGCCUUUUAUAGAGCCCCCCUCACUGAUCUCCCGGAUUUGAAGUACAGUAUUCCACAUUGAAAAUUUGUUUGCCCAGUACGGAACACAAGGAUUAGGCCACACUGGGAAAGGAAGAACAAUUUUUUCAAACUAGGUUAUUUACUAUAGAUUCUGGUAAUAGUACGAAAUAGUGUAUCAAGAGAUUAGGUAUUUAGUGAGAAAGUUGAAAAUUUUGUUGCCGUUGUUGUUGUUGUUGUUGUUUUUCUUUUUAGGUAUUGGUGACCCUCCGGCUUUUCCUUUACUACAUGUAAUACCAUGCAUGUAUUUACAAUACAUGUGUAGAUUUUCUAUUUAAGCCCCUAUCCUUUAUUAGUAAAAUCCAACUAGUGGUCUAUUAUCAAUGCUACGUUCUGAUUGGUUGAGCUACUACUAGGCUAUAUGUUAUAGCCCACUAGUAGCGAAAAGCGCCAGUUUUGAAAACCAAAACAAUGGCGGCUGAAUCGCGUUUUGCUAAGUUGUUUUGUCUCGAUAUUUUUGACCAACUAGUUGGAUUUUACUAAAACAAUUUUUGAGUAGCGAAAAGCGCCAGUUUUGAAAACCAAAACAAUGGCGGCUGAAUCGCGUUUUGCUAAGUUGUUUUGUCUCGAUAUUUUUUACCAACUAGUUGGAUUUCACUAAAACAAUUUUUUCUCUCGCCCUCAUGGCCUCUGAGUCAAUAGCCCAUUCGGCCUUCGGCCUCAUGGGUUAUUGACUCAGAGCCCAUUCGUGCUCGAGGAAUAAUUGUUUAUGUUCCCCCUCUUAAAUCAUAAUCACGGCAGAGAUGGUGAGGUACAUCGUGUACAAGAGGUAUAACUAAAUCGAACUGUUACUUCCCCCUUUAAAAUUAUCAGUUUUACCUAUUAAUGUUUGGAAUCAGUGCUGAAUUUUUCGAUUAUUUAUCUCUGCCAGUGCAUCAUUCAUCUUCAGUGUUAUCUUAGCUUUAAUAAGCCCUUUUGGAACACGACGUGGAGAAAUAAUAACCUUAUCGUCAGAAAAUCCCUGUUUGUUGUGUAAACUAUGACAUGAGUUAAAUGUCUUAACUCUACGUUCUUGUCAGGCGAAAGAGUCGAGGCCCUCAGUCAUCAGGUCAGCAGCAAGGGGCAUCAGAGUCUGCUCAGUAUCCAACUGCCAGAGGUCUUCUGGCGCAGCAAAAGAGAGUGUUACCACAAUAA